AUGCAGAAUAUCAAAGUAGGCAGAAGUGGUAUUCCCGCCAUUCAAAAGGAUACUGUAUUGCCCUCGUUAGCCGUAAGGCUUACUACUAAAGUAAUGCGGUUAUUGUUCAUCGCAAAAAUGCUCCAAUAUUCAUUUAUAUCGUUUAAGCUGUGGACACCGGAUACUGAUAUAAAUUGGAUCAUAGCAUAUUCAGUCAUUGUCUCGAUUUGGGGGUUUGCGGUGUGGAUGGAAAGAUCAUAUAGAAAUAAGAUGAAUUUACAACCUCCCAGGUGUACAAAAAUAAGAUGCUCUCGUUGUAAUACAAGAAAAAGAUACCCCAAAUUGUUCAAGUGUAAACAGUGGGUAUAUUUUCUUCUCUUAUUCGUUACUUUAACCCUUUUUAACUUCGUUGUUCAGCUGGCAUAUACUGCAAAAGAAAUGAUUACUUCGGGAGUUGACAUUCGUUAUGAAGAAAAAAAAAUUGGUGAGGACGAAAUCACACCGUUACUCUUAUUAUCACUAGCUACUGGUGCUUUAAUCCAUUUAAUGAUAGCUCGUACAUUUAAGAAUUAUUACUUACAUAAUGGCCCAUUUGAAACUGAUAAUGAGACUUAUGCCGAUGAAAAGCAGUCAGUGAGUGAAAAGGUCAUAAUCUAA